GGUAAACUCAUGUAUACUAGUGCUCCUUCCCACAUAUGUGCUCGUCAAUAUCAUACAAGCAUGUAUGUACAUACAUAUUAAUACUAGCGUAUGUACCUCCUAAUUAAUACCAGCAUUGAACAUUCAUGGAAGUUACAUCAAUUCUCUACCUCAGUCACAAUGCAGCAACCAGGUCACCGCAGGCUCUCGACGCCUACUCAAGAUCUACCUAUCCCAUCUUCUAAUUCAUACAGGCCCCAUUUCGGAUAUCCUCGAAAUCCCCUUCCUCUUCCAGCAGCCUAUGGUUACCUUCCUCCACCAAUAUGGUCUCAGGAAUACCACCCUCUGCCAGGAGGUCCUCGAGCCAUACCCUUGCGAAUGCAGAGGGCCACUAUGAAUAGGGUUGAAUCACAUCAAAUACCCAUCCCGUCAUUACAGCUAUCGUCAAACCGGCCUUAUUCAGUCCCUGUCUACCUAAAUCACCGUACCCGUAGUGACAGCGAUAGUAGCUUCACUCAUCCACCUAGACCAGCCACAUCUUUGGACUUAGAUAGCGUUGACAAAUCAGUCUCCCCUCAUACUACCCUAUUCCCACAGCAUGGGGUAGCUCAGAGUCCCGAAAAUGAUCUCUCCUUACACGCCACUACCCUAGCGGGUACAGAGCUCUCAAAGGGAACACUUAGAACUACACGCCCCGUUGCCAACCGUGGUUCCCGAAAACUAACACCGCUAAGCACUAGCACGGCGGAAGGAAGCCGGCGGGAAUUAAGCCCAGCUGUUGUCCUAUCUGAGCAACGAACAAUAGGGUUUGUAGGAGGUCAGAAGAGAACGACUAGCCAUAUUAUCGAAAAAUCCAAUCCCUCAAAGAGGAUCAAAUUCAACGUGAUUCGAAACCAAUCUCAGACGGUCGGCACCCCUAAGACGUCCAAGAAAGUGCCCUUAGCGAACACCUUUGACACACAACCAGCUCAGACUCCUGAAACUAAUCCCAUGAACAGCAAUACCACCACGGAGGAAGUCAACCAACCCCUCGAAGAAUCUAACGCUAAAAUGACUACGGCCCAAUAUAUAACCACCACAGUAGAUGAUACUGACCCCAGGCUAGUAUCAAAUAAACUGGCGAAACCCAAGGUAGCAGAUGCUCCGAAACCUAAUCCAUACGAGAUUAUCAACGAAACCGGCCUGUUUGAAGAUUCUCGAAGCGUCAGGGCCUUAGGCGAUGUACAAAGCGCAAGGAAAUUUAAGACGACUGGUAAUUCCACUAAUGUCGACACCCUUGGAGCUUUUGGCGUAUCGUCCCGAGGAUUAGACGUUAACAAUCGGAAUUUGAAUACGGCAUAUAAUCAAUAUACUAGUGUAGCUACUCAAUGUGGCAUAUCCUCCAACGUCGUCGUAUCAAGUGGGAUCCAGACAGAAUCGGGAAAACUUGCUAACGACGUCCACUCACACAAUCUACACUGCGGAACCAUCGCUACUACUAACGACGAGAAGGAGGGGGUAUAUUGCAGUGAGAAUCUAGACAUUCAGUUUUCAAGAAUCGAGGAAUUGUUAUGUACCCAGAAUAAAGUUGGCAUGGAUAAAUUCAUUAACGUAAAGCUCAAGUCAGAAGGCACCAACGUCUUACAGACCCUCACGAACGAACUACUCCUAGGUCUAGCUGUACGGGAUGUCGAGCUGCUGGAGCAGAUAGCCAAGAUCAUGUAAGUACUCUAGGUCACAGGGCUAGGAUAUAACCAGGUGAUAUAUAAUAGGUUCAAGAUAGCCGUCUAUAGAGAGAGGAAGUGAGGUGAGGGGGGUUACGUUUGCUUGCCAAAUGAGCUCCCGGGAUGAAUAAAUCGGUCGGCCGGGUGGAAACUGGGGAAAAAAGAUACUUGUCAGCCUAUCGAUUUUGCAAACUAUAGCUUUGAAGGGCGGUAAUGCACAUAGUUCACUUGGUCACUUGGUAGCUAAAAAGAAGAGCACUCAAGCUUCUUUCAUUACAUGCCAAAAUGCACUGUGUAAUAAGCGAGCCAUACAAU